AUUGUUUUUUUAUAUUUCAUGAUCGAAUGUAUGCAUUUUACUUUAUACUUUUUUUCUUUAAGCACAUUUGAAAUUUGUAAUUCGAAUAAGGGAGCAGUUAAUGUAUAAUAUAUAUAGUAAGAAAAAAAUAUAGACUUAUUUUGUCCUUUUCUUCAUUGCAUCUUUGAGUAUGAAUUCGCAAGAAACGCAACCUUGUACUCUUCCUAUAGAAAAUACUGAAAAAUGCAGUAGCUCGAUUAUUGCAAAACUCAUAUCUAUAAGAAGGACGGAUCCGGAUGUUCAAUUCGAGCAAGGCUCCAGCUUUGUUUUUGGUAGAGGAAAAACUUCUGAUAUUAGAUUCGAUGAUACUCGCAUAAGCAAUGUUCACUGUAAAAUAUGGCACGAUACUCAAGAUCGCGAAUUUAAAAUACAUGACUCAAGUACCAAUGGAACUUUUGUCAAUGGGAAGAAAAUGGGAAAAAACUUUACUACCAUUUUAUCACAUGGAUGUUCGAUCAAUUUUGCAGAUUUAUCCAGUGGAAUUGGAUAUACGUUUUAUCGAACGUUGCAGCUCGGACAAAAUAACGAACUCGUCGCGGAAACUUAUGACAUGAAAGAAAUUAUAGGUAAAGGUGCAUUUUCUAUAGUGAGAAAAGCUGUUUGUUUAAAAACAGGGAGACUCUGCGCCAUUAAGGUCAUAGACAAAAAAAUCAUGAAAGAUGUUAAAAUUCAGCAGCACAUUAUGAGAGAAAUUGAGAUCUUAAAAACAGUUAAACAUCCUAAUAUAAUUGGCUAUUUAGACACUGUUGAUACUGAAUCAAACUUGUACAUAGUUCUUGAAUUAGCUAAUGGAGGUGAACUUUUCGAACAAAUUUAUGAAAAAGGGCCAUUUUCAGAAGACGAAGCUCGAAUCGCCUUUUUUCAAAUUCUUCAAGCAGUUGAAUAUCUCCAUAGUAUUGGAAUCGUUCAUCGAGACCUGAAACCAGAAAAUAUCCUCUUAGAUUCCGGUGUUAUUAAACUCAGCGACUUUGGUCUUUCUAGGCUUACAAAAAAUUCCUUUUUUAUGAAAACGUUGUGUGGAACACCGCAAUAUGCUGCUCCAGAAGUUAUUAUCAUGGUCAAUUCUGACAGCGCCCCUGCUGGCUACACGAAUGCCGUAGAUAUGUGGAGUUUGGGUGUUAUUCUCUUUAAUCUGCUUACUGCAAAUCCUCCUUUUUCUGAUGAAUGUUUAGAUAUGAGUCUUUAUUCUCAAAUCGCAACGUGUACUUUUACCUACGACCUUUUCAGCAUGCCCAAUAUCUCAGAUUCGGCUAAAGACUUGGUGCGAAAACUUUUACACCUAUCUCCAGAAGAGAGACUUACUGCUACCGAGGCGCUUAACCACAAAUGGUUUGAGAAUACUUCGUAUUCUAACACCAAUCAAAAACAGUUAAAAACGGAAAUAUUCACUUCUCAACAGUUGCUUUCAAAACAUAGACAAAAAGCAGACUAUCUUUUCGAUGAAAAGGAAAACGAAGUAAAUAUCCCCUUGAAAAAAAGAAUAUUAGAUUUUUCGGAGAGUAACGUUGUUAGAAAUCUAUCUAUGUAAAUUAAAUAUCUAUCUUACAGGGUGCAGUUAUUUUGAGUACAAGAAAAAAA